AUUACAAUAGUAAAAAUUAUAAUCGAAAAAUAAAGCAAUCCAUUCAUUAUUACACGAAUUAAUGAGUUAAGGCAAAUAGUUUAAAUUAAAAUUAUUUUAUUAUCAGUAAAAAAAAACUACGCGCUCUAUCAAAUACAACACUUACUAUACUUUUCCGUUAACAAUUUCGAAGAAUCUUCACUUUGUAAACUAAAUUUUGUUAUAGUUUGAAAAAAGUUUAUAUAGCACUACUAAUACGAAUUUAUAAUGUUUUCCGACAUAGUAGAUAACUUAAAUUUAAAUUUGGAAUCAUUUUCAAACUUGUCUGACGUAUUAUUCGAAUGUGAAAAUAUGACCGAAGAAAUUCAGAAAGAGCAUGAAAGAUUAAAUAAUGUCUGUAAUGAAAUAAACAAUGACUUAUUGAAACAUGAAGAACAGUUAUCAUAUGUUGAAAGAGAACGUGUCAAACUUAUGUCAGAAUUGGCUCUGAAUAUGCAAACAAAUCAUGAUAUAAAAAAUAAAGUGGAGAAUUUAAAAAAUACCCAACAAUCCAUUGAAUUUGAUUACAAAAAAUUUAAUAGAAUGAAAGCAAGUAGUACAGAUAUAGAUAAAUUAUCACACAUAAAAAAAACAUUUAUUACUUAUAAAAAUAUGUUGAAAAUUCAUUUUGAUUAUUCUAAUGGACUAAAUGCAAUAGUUCAAAAAGGCUAUAUGUAUAAUAGAAUUACCAUGAAACUAACUUAUUUCGAGUUCAAUACAGAAACAAAAUCAGCAGAUGAAAUAACUAAAUAUUUAUGGAAUAAAAUACAGAAGAUUUCAGACAAAAAUUGGGAGUCAAUUAAUUAAAUUUCAUAUUAUUUAUAAUAAAAUGUUCUAAGUAUAUUCUUAAUUUUUUCAUAACUUGGAAAGUAAAUAUCAUAUAAUUGUUAACCAUUAUUCUCUUGCUAGUAAAAAAGACAGUCUAUAAUUUCUACUUUUUAUUGAAUUAAUGACUUGUCGAAUAAAAAGUAAUCCUCGUAUUUUUCAAAAAAUCAUAUAACUGAAAUUUUAACUUGUUUAUUUAAUAUAAUUAAUAAACUAAAGCUGGAGUUAAAUAUUUUAAAUAAUUCACUGAAUACAUGUUUAUUUUGUAUAUCUAAAUUUACAAAUUUAUACUAUUAACUAUGAUUUUAAAAUAAUAAUUGUUUCUUGAAAAACUUAAUGAAAUAAUUUGUUAUUUUAGGAUAAAAUUUGUUAUUUAAAAUACUUAAAUGUUAUUAUUUAUUAAUAUUACUAAUUUCAAAUGUAUCUCGUUUACAUAUCAUUUGUAAUUCUUAUUAAUUUUUUUUGUAAUCUUUUUAUAAUGACUUUUUCUUUUUUUUUUUUUUGAGAUUAAAAUUUUUCCAUUAAAAUACCGUUGUCUUAAUUGGGUUCAGCUUUGUGGUUUGUUGGUUUAUAGCUUGGGCCAUUUUUGAGUUUUAUUAUUUUUAUAAAUGUUUUGAUGUCAUUGAAUGGUAUAAGUCUAAGUAAAGUUA